UAAGCGCUGCGAGUCUCGCGCUCCCGAGUGAGGUGCACUGAUGGAGCGCGAGCGGCUUUAUUAUAGAACACCGGGCGCGCGCACUCACUUUAAUUUCAAAGGGUGACGUUGACGUCACCGCAGGUCCAAAGUAGUCUAUAGAAAGGGAGAGCGCAACAUUUCCCAGCCUUCAUUCUUCCGCGAGAGGAUUACGAUGGUCAUCAGAGUAUAUAUCGCCUCCUCCUCCGGGUCUGUCGCGGUGAAGAAACGUCAGCAGGCCAUUGUGGGCUUUCUGGAGGCCAACCGUAUCAGCUUUGAGGAGGUGGACAUUACCAUGCUGGAGGAUCAGAGGCUCUGGAUGUACCAGAACAUUCCUGAGGAGAAACGACCUGAAAAGGGCAAUCCUCUCCCGCCUCAGAUCUUCAACGGAGACAGCUACUGCGGCGAUUAUGAAGAUUUCUUCCAGUCUAAAGAGACGAAUACAGUGUUCUCAUUCCUCCGUCUGCCCCCUGUAAAGGACUCUGAAUCCUAGACUGUGUCAUUGACAUUUCCCGUAGACUGAAACACUGUGGUUUUUGCCUCUUUUUCCUUUGAUGUAACUUUCGUCCCCUGGUCUGAAGCCCUCACUGCCAGCAAUGCUUUUGCCAAACACACGCUGCCCUCCAGCUAACAAACUACUCCUUACUCAAAA